GAAACUGAUCGGUUGAAUCUGCAGAUGUGGACCAAUCGCUUUCGACUACAGUUGAUCAAAGUGUUCGAAGGAAUUUGAAAUAGAAACGAGUUAUUCCUUAUCUUCUUUUUUCUUAUAUAUCAGAAUGCUUUUUUCGUUUGCAUUAUUAUUUUUUACGUUCGAGAAAAAGUAGACGUGUACAUAAACUUUGAGAAAAAAAAAACGAGAAUGGAUUCCUUCGGGAAACGUCCAUUUCGUCCGUUUCAGGAACACGUUCGUUCUACUAUAUCUCCGUUGGCAACACUGCCGCCCAUCUUUGCCCAUCAGUUUCAAACACAGUACGAGUCAGACGUACGUAAGAUACCAUUCGUAUAAGUCAAACGUAUUGUGCGUUCGCAGAUUGCUUCGUAAUUGCAAAAGACGAUCCAAUUUAACAGAAACGCGAUCCUUCCUUUCGAACUUCCUCGUUCACUCCGCUGGGAAAUGUCAGAGUUAAACGCAAGAAACAAGAAACUAUACAAGAAGCCGCCGCCCACCUUCGGUAUCAUAAAAAAUAUAAGAGUUAGCCUUGGUCACGAGCAACAAGCAAGACGUAGGAGACGCAGAACGCGAGAUUUUGAGGAAAACAGAAAGAGGAACGACGUCUCGCCAUGCUCCGUGAUGUCGCAAAACGAAUCGAAUGAACAAAAUGAAGUCAAGUUGAAGAUAUUAAAAUGGAAAGCUGAGCGGAUGAGAAAGAAGAAAGCACAGGAGGCGCAAAAAAAACCUCCAUUUAUAGUUGGGAUUGUUCGUCAUCAUAUUUAUUCUCCGGUAUCAACGACUAAAUUCUCAAUCAUACCUAUGAGAAAGAAGAAAACAGUUACACAACCGCACAAAGAUACAAAUAUAAAGAGAAUUACUAAAGCUACGGAGAAGCGAUUGCUAGCUAAAGCAAAUAACGAAACAAAACCAAAAACAAUUUUGGUUAGAGAAAAAUCUACGAAUGACGAAGUCAAAAUCAAUAAACAGGCAUCAUUUGCUCCGCUUAAUCAUAAGUUUAAACCGCCUGAUGGAUUACCAAAGAUAUCUUUUGAAGAAGCGUUUGUAGGCAGCCCCUUGAUCGAAAAUAAUAUUUUCACACGUGAUAAAUCAUCGGAAGCCGCUGUCCAGAAAUUAGCUUGUUAUAAUUCCAAUUCUGUAGAAUCAGUCAAGUCGAAAGUGUCGUCAAACGAACGGAAAGCCGCUGCCCAGAAAUCAGCUUGUUAUAAUUCCAAUUCUGCAGAAUCAAUUAAAUCGAAAGUGUUAUCAAACAAACAGAAAUCUUUAGACUCUUCGCGAAAGAAGCAAAAUUCGACGGAAAAAUUGAAGUUGAACAGCAAAAAACAUUCACCCUUACAACAGUCUUUACAUACAUUUAACCCAAUAAAAAAGGACAAUUGCUCGAAAUAUUUAAUAUCUUUUUCGAAAGAUUUAAAUAAUACUAAUGAAAAAAAUAAUACCAAAAAAAAUAAACUGGAUAAUUCUGAUCAGAUUUCAAGCUCAGUUUCAAGUCUGUCUGAUACGCUUACGGUAAAAGGUGAUGAGAUGAAGAAUUUAGACGUACCAGAGGAAAAUAAUAAAUAUACUGUCGAAUAUUUUAAAUGUGUGAUGGAUACAGAAAAAAAUAAACUUCAGAAACUUUGCGAGGAAUGGACGGUAAUUCAAUCGCAAGAUGACAUUACAGAGGAUAAUCGUUAUUUAAUUAACCAAGCAGUAGGACAAACGAUUAUGUUAAUUAAAGCAAAGUUUAAACAGUUUGAUAGCUUGAUACGAGAUUGCAAGAGAAAUGACGGUGACGUACUGGUAACUUGUAUGGACUUGCAUGGAUUUUGGGACAUGAUGUACCUAGAGGUAAAGAAUUGCAAUUCGCGAUUUGCAAAAUUGGAGAAACUUCGUGCUAGAUGUUGGCAAGAGGAUCAGUCAUAUUUUGCAAAAUCUACUAGUCCUAAGAAAAAGACAAGCACUAAAAAGAAAAUUGUACCGGCAAAACGAAGCUUGCAGGCAUUAAUUUUAUCUGACAAAAAGAAACAGAUGGCAGAAAUUCAAGAUGACAUAAAGAAUUCACAGCAAAUGGUAAAUAAUGAAUGUAUUAUGUCUUGCGUGGCUGAUGAAAAAGCUGAAAAUAUUUCUAAAAGAAGCUCUAAUGUAUCACACAAUAAAAGAUUUCUUAAAAUACCUAAGAAUUAUAUGUCGAUGCCAUAUACGUCGACACCAAUUUCUGACGUGAGGUCAAAUCUUUCGAGUCACUUUAAUACUCCGCUUAUAACAAUGAAAAUAAGCCAAAUAUAUAACAAUAAGUUAUUAAAUGAACCAACACUAGAUACAACUCCAAAAGAUUUAAUAGAGAAAUCAGAAAGGCCAAGGAAAGAAAGUUUAAAUAUAAAAUUAGCAAGCAAAGAUUUAGACGAUCAUCUCGCCAUGAUAAAAUCAACCGAUGAGAAAUUGGAGAUCAAUCAGACUUCAAACAAUUCACCAAAUAAAUCUGAGCUAGAUUCGAAGAAAGGAAAUUCGGAUUCUGGGCUUAGCCAAACAGUGAUCGAGAAAUCAAUAAGAGGAAUGUCUAUGGUAAAUACUUUGUCUACACCACGCGUUACAUCGUUAAAUCACGUCAGCAGAAGUAUCACCUUUAGCAAAACGCCAAGUACAGUUCGAGCAAGCAAGGCUGAUUUAGACGAUCAUCUCGCCAUGAAAAAAUCGACUGAUGAGAAAUUGAAGAUCGAUCAUAUUUCAAACAAUUCACCAAAGAAAAAUCUGACGCUAGAUUCGAAGGAAGGAAACGCGGAUUUUGGACUUAGCCAAACAUUGAUCGAGAAACCAAUAAAAGGAAUGUCUAUGGUAAAUACUUUGUCUACACCACGCGUCACAUCUCUAAAUCACAUCAGCAGAAAUAUCAGAUUUAGCACAACGCCAAGUACAGUUCGAGUAUCAAUCAAUUCGAAUACAAAAAGAUCAAUUCGAGUACAAAAAGAUUAGGCCAAUGGCUAUCAUUUCCGAAGGUAUUUUUAAAAUUUGACGCACAAAAAUCGAAAUAGUAAAUUUUAAUUUAAUUUCUUUAACGUAACGCUUCUUU